GGGAUUCAAUCAUCCACAAAAAGUGGCCAUAGCCCUCCUAUUGGAUCAUAAUUUUACCAUUUUCCCGAACCAGAAGUGCCGAGUCUGGGCUGCUCGAGGAAGAAGCAUGGGCCAGCUGGAAGACCACGCUAUAUACUUGAAGUUGGAUGUUGGACAGAACACAGAUGGCUAGUCGAACAUCAGAAAGGUUGGGGUAUGAAAGUACGAAUUUGAUUAAAAAUCCUAGAACUAAAAUCUGGGUCAACUUCUUCGACUGUGUCGCUGGAUUACUCCCUCGUAACUCGUCAAUGGGAAGGGAAACAAACGGGAAUCGUUGUGUGCAGUGUGGAUUCAGAACGAGUCAAUUGUUCGUUCUAUACUCACCCGGGAACAUGCAUCUUAUGAAAUGCGUAAGCUUGCUUCAGCAAAAUUUCUUUCUCACCUGUCCAUGACAACUGCAAAUCCGUUGCGGACGAAUACAUUGAAUGCGAAGCGAUGAUCGUCCUAGUCGAUUUAAUACUGCACAAGCGCCAGGCUUACAGACAUUUGCUCUACAACCAAUUCGAUAGAAAUCGCUUGUCUCGUAAGGAUUUGAUGUGGAAGCUUGGUCUUAGUUUUCUUCUUUUGGAUGCUUACAGGUACAUGCUUCUGAUACUAAGUGAGAAACCAUUAUCCAUGAGCCUUUCAUCAACAAUUGGGAUUUGCCAGAAGGCUUUGAUGUAUGCGUUGCUUGGAAAUGCUAUGUUUAUUUGUGUGCUUCAUAUUUUGUCAAGAGUAUUUCUGACGAGCUCAAGUGGGGACCAUAGGCACAGGUACAGAGAGUUUUUCUUUGCCAUCAUUAUUUCAAGUUACUUCAAGAUCUUUCUUGUGAGCAUGAUGAUAUGGGAAUUUCCAUCCACAGUGAUCUUUAUCGUAGAUUUAUUUGUUUUAUCAUCCAAUGUAGUAGCAAUUAAAGUGAUCACGGAGUCAACUGUGAGCAGAUGCAUUGGAACUUGCUUGUGUGCUCAUGGGGCAAAGUUUUUGGCCACAAAAGCUUUUUGAGAAAUGAAGUUUAAAGUAAACAGGCACAACGACUUCCUGUUAUGUGAGGUCAGAUUAGAAUCCAAUCAUUAAUUAUGCAAUUUAAAAUUAGAAGAAGAAUGGAGCGGAUGAUCUGGAUAGAUGUAUCUUACAUAGCCAGAUUGAUGAAAAUUGGAACCUAUUUCCAGAAUUUGGAUCGUAUAUUUUAUAUAGUCCAUGAUUUUCGUAGUGGAUGUGGUGCUUUUGAAAGAAGAUAUUUUUCUUGUACUAGUUACAUUUUUUUUAAUUGAACAAACGUGAUUGUUCUAAA